CGGGCGAACGGCUGCCGCGUCAGUCUGCGCUGAGUCUUCGUCGUGGAAGUUGCGCUCUCUCUUGGUGUGUCACGACCAGGGCAGCUGGUCUUAAACUGUUAGGGCCCUGUUAUCACCGCACAGAAGAGAAGCGAGAACAAGAUAUCACAGACAGAGUACAUUAGAUUAGUGCGUGUGGAAAUUCUCAAACCUUCCUACAUCCAACAGUCUGAGAUAGACUAGGGAAAUUAGUACAGCUAUGUCUCUGGAGGAAUCACGGAGAUCACAACGUCCGUACCGGUACGGAAUGGUCUUACUAUGCGUUGGAGCUCUCAUCAACUGGUUGGGUUUAGCAGAGAAUUAUGUUGAACCAGUGCGUUACGUUGGUGUCGCCUGCAUAGUAGCUGGAGCUCUGCUCAUUUGCGCCGCAAUGUGCUGUUGGCUACACGCACCGCCAACUAGAACGAGCACGCAUACGCAACACACGAACCAUCCAAUUACAGCACAGAUCGAUGACCCGAUCCACGUGAUUUCCAUCGAGGAACCGCCUGGCGUGUCGAGGCAAAAACCACCGGAUUACGAAGCGGUGACGGAUGCACCACCGAGCUACGAUGAUGCUAUCAAGCUAAAUCCCAGUCAAUUAAUCAGAUUGAGCAAUGGCAGCACGCCUCCGUUAUCCUCAGGACAAAUUAUUCCGACAACUAUCAGUAUCGUCUCACCAACGCUAACACCGCCACCACCAUACGCGAGGUGAGAUUAGAGUGUUGAAAAUAGAGACCAAUGAAUACGCAGAUCUGCGACGUGAAUGGAGAAUCGACGUACACCGUUUGAAUUGCGAAGAGCGAUCACGUCUGUGGACUGCGAAUAAUACGAUCAUACGACAAUUCCGCUGUUUACUCUUGUCGUACGAGAUGCAUAACGUAUAGCUGUGCAAGAUGUGAAGGAGAGAAAGUUGAAUUAUUCAAAAAACGCUCAAUGUUUCGACGAUCAAGAAUUGAGAGAAGAUCUCUUCGCGAUGCCUUAGAUAUCAAUUGCUUAGAUUAUUAUCUAUUAAACACUGCGUACCCCGAUGGCACUGACAUCGUUUAGUGCUUCGAAUGAUUAAUUCUUCCUUUGUAACUACGUUACUGUAUUUCCUGCUAUGAUCCAGAAA